AUGGGACCUGGUACUAGAAAAAGGGUAGUAUCAUUAAAUAGCUUACAAAAGGCUGCUAAAGCAAAAUCUCAAUCGCUUUCAAUGAAUGCCAAUUCAUCUAUAUUGGAAAAAGAAACUCAAUCUCAGGCUACAAUAAUGAAUCAAACUUCUACUCGAGUGACUACUCAAUCUCUUCCCGUUCCAGUGAUAUCCACUGCAAACCCAAGGAGUGUUGAUACUCAGAACAUCUCUAUUGAUUCAGCAGCUGAAGCAUCAAUUCAUGCAAUGAAUUCGAUUACACAGAAUGAAUCUAUGUCAACAGAAGCAACAAAUAUUGACGAUGAUUUCCUUUCUAAGAAAAAUAAUCGAGGGAAAGGUAGAGGAUUUGAAGUUAAGAGAAGAACCAAGGAUGGUUCAAAAAUUGGUGGAGUUUUGAUUGCAAAAAGACACAAUUUACCAGUAGGUCCUUCGGAGAAAAUGUUCAAAAUGGAAAUCGGCGUUCUCACUCGAUUAAUGGCACCGUUAGGUGUAUUUUAUUGGUCUGAUGUAACUGAUGCAAAUAAAGAAGCUAUGAUUACAAAAAUUCAGAGUGAAUUUGAAGUCGAUUUAAGUGAUUUACAUGUAAAAGAAGUCGUAUAUAAGAUGAUGGCUGAAAAACAUCCGCCGGAAGAUGUUAAAGUAGAUGAUUGGAAGAAAUUAUGUGAACACUUUCACGGGCAUGAACAAUUUAAGGUUCAAAGUGCUGCAAACGUUCUUAAUCGCAGAAAAUUGACUGUUAAUCAUACUUCAGGAUCAAAGUCUUAUUGCCAACGUUUGUAUGAAAUAGAAACCACUGAAGAUAUAGAUGAACAGACACCUGAAAUGAGACUUUAUUCCGAAGCACAUCGUAAAAAAGAUGGUUCAUGGAUUCACCCACAAGCUGAAGAAAAAUAUAAACAAAUGGAAGUUCUUCGCUCUCAAGCAUUUGAGGAAGGCGCUGAAAUUGAUGGGAAAAAAAUUCUUGAAAAAGUCUUGGAUAAACCAAAAUUCGGAUAUGCUCGUGGACUUGGAUAUGGGACCAAACCGACUACAUCUAGAGAGUUAGAAUUUGAAGCUCGUUUACUUGCUGAAAAGUCCGAGUCUGAAAAGCGAGCUAAUGGACUAAAUGAUCAAAUUCAAGGUCAACAAGCGACAAUUGAUAAGCUUACUCAGUCGCAAAACAAACUCAUGCUUCUUGUUCAGAAACUGAUAGACGAACAACAUUGUGGUAAAACUUCUAUUGAUUGGUAUAUGGAAGUUAAUGACUUGACAAAGAAAUAG